GAACAGUGGUGAACUGUCCUGAGAACAGCUGACAGACCCUGAUCAGCUGAUGAGGCCAAGCUGCAGCUCUGUGCUCCAGACCAACUCCUGAAGACCUCCUCUCUUCUUCUUCUUCUUCUUCUUCUCUCUCUCUCAGCUCGCUCUCCCUCCAGACGCCUCCGCCAUGCCUCCUCAGCUCCAGUCCCAGAACCAGAGCGGACCCAAGAUCCUGCAGGGCGACCUCAGCGCCCUCAGCCCGGCCGUCAGGGAGUUCGUGGACACCAACGUGACCCUAUGUCAGCCCGACGCCCUGCACGUCUGCGACGGCUCCGACGAGGAGAACCGAGCCAUCCUGACCCAGCUGGAGGAGCAGGGGAUGAUCAGGAGGCUGCGCAAAUAUGAGAACUGCUGGUUGGCGAGGACCGACCCGAGGGACGUGGCUCGUGUGGAGAGUAAGACGGUGAUUGUGACCCAGGAACAGAGGGACACGGUGCCCACGCCGCUGGGAGGAGGAGUCAGUCAGCUGGGCCGCUGGAUGUCCCCGGAGGAGUUGGACAAAGCCAUGACUCAGCGGUUCCCGGGCUGCAUGAAAGGUCGGACCAUGUAUGUGAUUCCCUUCAGCAUGGGUCCCGUGGGUUCCCCCCUCUCCAAGAUCGGAGUGGAGCUGACCGACUCGCCCUACGUGGUCGCCAGUAUGAGGGUGAUGACCCGGAUGGGGAAGGCCGUGCUGUCCGCUCUGGGAAACGGCGAGUUCGUCCGUUGUCUGCACUCGGUCGGCUGUCCUCUGCCACUCAAAAAGCCGCUGGUGAACAACUGGCCCUGUAACCCCGAGCAGACGUUGAUCGCCCACAUCCCGGACCACCGGCAGAUCGUCUCGUUCGGCAGCGGUUACGGAGGAAACUCCCUCCUGGGAAAGAAGUGCUUCGCCCUGCGCAUCGCCUCACGCAUCGCCAAGGAGGAGGGCUGGCUGGCCGAGCACAUGCUGAUCCUGGGCGUCACCAACCCUGCGGGGGAGAAGAAGUACAUGGCGGCGGCGUUCCCCAGCGCCUGCGGGAAAACAAACCUGGCCAUGCUCUGCCCCACGCUGCCGGGCUGGAAGGUCGAGUGCGUGGGCGACGACAUCGCCUGGAUGAAGUUUGACGACCAAGGAAACCUCCGCGCCAUCAACCCAGAGAAUGGCUUCUUUGGCGUUGCACCCGGCACCUCGGCCAAAACCAACCCCAACGCCAUGGCAACCAUCGUCAAGAACACCCUCUUCACCAACGUGGCGGAGACCAGCGACGGCGGUGUGUACUGGGAGGGAAUGGAUCAGUCGCUGCCGGAGGAAGUCACCAUCACGUCCUGGAAGAACAAACCCUGGAGCUCGGAGGAUGGUGAACCCUGUGCUCAUCCCAACUCUCGUUUCUGCACUCCGGCCGGUCAGUGCCCCAUCAUCGACCCGCUGUGGGAAUCCCCAGAGGGAGUCCCCAUCGAGGCCGUCAUCUUCGGAGGCCGCAGACCAGAAGGUGUCCCUCUGGUGUACGAGGCCUUCAGCUGGCAGCACGGAGUGUUUGUCGGAGCGGCCAUGAGAUCGGAGGCCACGGCUGCAGCUGAACACAAAGGUAAGGUGAUCAUGCACGACCCGUUCGCCAUGCGUCCGUUCUUCGGCUACAACUUCGGACAGUAUCUCUCUCACUGGCUGAGCAUGGCCGACCGCCCCGGCGCCAAACUCCCCAAGAUCUUCCACGUCAACUGGUUCCGCAAGAGCCCGACCGCCGGCUUCCUGUGGCCCGGCUUCGGUGACAACAUCCGCGUUCUGGACUGGAUGUUCAGGCGGGUGAACGGCGAGGCCGGCGCCAUGCCCUCCGCCGUGGGAUACCUGCCGUGCGGCAACUCCCUGAACCUCCAGGGUCUGCAGGAACACGUGGACCUGGACCAGCUGUUCUCCCUGGACCAGGAGUUCUGGCAGAGGGAGGUGGAGGAGGUGAGGAAGUACUUCACCACGCAGGUGAACGACGACCUGCCCAACGAGAUGGCGCGACAGCUGGACCUCCUGCAGCAGAGGGUGAAGCAGAUGUAGAGCAGGAACUCGUCUGUAGAACAACAUCAGAAAAUCUAGAAGAGAAAUGUAAUGAUUCUGAAGAAUAUCUCGUGGUUGUUUUACUGAGCGUCUCUUUUUAUUAGAGACUUCUGAUAUUUUUCACUUUUUUAAAUCGACUGUUGGUUAUCGAGAUGUUCGAGAUGAUUCUCCUGUUAAAUCUGUCCCAGGUGAAGCUCAUGAACUGGUAGGAAUAGAAGAUGAACACAUUCCUCACUCACUGAUGCUGUGAAUAGGAUUGUUUCCUGUCUGUCUUCUCACAUGCUGCUGCAGCGGCACAGUGUUUAAACUAUUUAAUAAGUUAUUAUGAAUCACACUGUCCUGACAGAGAGAGCGAGUCCAGCUCCUGUGACGUUUGACCUCUCACAUGUUUUCUGUUCCUGUCGUAUUUUAUGUUUUAAUUUAUUUUUAUACAGUUUGUUUCUGUUUUAAUCUUCAGCCCCCGACGAGGGAGAC